UCCGUCAGCAUUUCUUGAUUCCCGGCAUCGAUUUGUGCGCUGACUGUGUGAAGGGUAGAGGUACCAUAACUGAAACUCUGGUCUAUCUUGCGAAAUACGGAUAACUAUGCCACCAAGCGGAUCAGACGUCGUGAACAGCGUUUUACGCUUCGUUAAAUUAUCCGACAAGGCCUUCGCACCUAUGAAGGGUUCCGCUGCUGCUGCCGGCUACGAUCUACGCAGCGCCUACGAAUACGUCAUACCGCCUAACGGGAAGGAGCUGAUAAAGACUGAUCUUCAAGUCGAAGUGCCGAUAGGAACGUACGGCAGAGUUGCACCUCGGUCAGGCUUGGCGUGGAAGCAUCACAUCGACGUUGGUGCCGGUGUCAUAGACGCUGACUAUCGGGGAAAUGUUGGAGUAGUACUCUUCAAUCACAGCAACACAGAGUUCAAAGUUCUACCAGGAGAUCGAGUAGCACAGCUCAUCUGCGAACGAAUAGUUUAUCCCGAAUUGGAAGAAGUCAACAGUCUCGAGUCAACGGAGAGAGGAACCGGCGGUUUUGGAUCGACAGGAGUGAAUUGAGAAAAAGAUUUCCCACGUUUUCGAUUUCGUACACAUUGUCGUUAUCUUGAAACUUUGUAUCUUGGAUUAAAUUUCUUGCGCUUUCCUGA